CUGUGUUUGGAUUUGAAGUCUCCAGCGUGUUUGGAGUUAAUUCCCAUUAGGUUGGACUCCGCCCCUCUCUCCCAAAGGUAAAGCAAGGUUUUCAGCAUCACUGCAAAGAGCAGCUGGGAUUCCCAUCCCCUUCUGACAAGCUGUGAGGAGAAGUUGUUUCUCAGAUCUGAGUCUGAAGAGAGGGAAGGAGUCAAUCAGCCAUCGUGGUUAGAAGGAAAGAGAGAAGUUCAUAUGACUUAAGGAAAUUUGUUCCCACCUUUCUGGCCUCAAACACUGGAGAAAAAGAAUAGCAUACGACCUGAUGUGAAGCAGCUGCAAAUCAAAGAUUACCAUUCUGACGACUUCCUGUUCAGGGUAUCAACACACAGCUGCUUUGCCUGAGCUCCAGAACCCUUGAUAAACCUAGAUACCAUACAGUUCUGAAUCAAGCAGAAAGAAGGGAAGAUGGGAAAAGCGUUGAAAAGCAGAAUCCCAUAAGGACACAGAGGGUCCUCCAGAGAAUAAUCUUUUCCAGAAGCAAGGGCCAAGUGAUUCCUAAGUGAGUUCCAGGACUGGUCAGCCUGAUGAAAAAUAGGCUUAUGGAGCCUGCAUGAUAACGUUCUGCAUUUGGUGCAGUGAUCCAACUCAUCUCCCCACCCCUGCAGAGAAACCUGGGACCAUGAGGAGCAGCCUGACCCUGGUGGGGACCCUCUGGGCCUUCCUGUCCCUUGUUACUGCUGUGGCCAGUUCUACCAGUUACUUCCUGCCUUACUGGCUCUUUGGAUCCCAACUGGGGAAGCCAGUGUCAUUCAGCACAUUCCGGAGGUGCAACUACCCUGUGCGGGGAGAGGGGAACAGUCUGAUCAUGGUGGAAGAGUGUGGGCGCUAUGCCAGCUUCAGUGCCAUCCCAAGUCUGGCCUGGCAGAUGUGCACAGUGGUGACAGGUGCCGGCUGUGCUCUGUUGCUCCUGGUGGCACUGGCUGCUGUCCUGGGCUGCUGCAUGGAAGAGCUCAUCUCCAGGAUGAUGGGACGUUGCAUGGGCGCAGCACAGUUCGUGGGAGGGCUGCUGAUAAGCUCAGGCUGUGCACUGUAUCCUUUAGGAUGGAACAGCCCCGAGAUAAUGCAAACGUGUGGGAAUGUCUCCAAUCAAUUUCAGUUAGGUACCUGCCAGCUUGGCUGGGCAUAUUACUGUGCUGGAGCGGGAGCCGCUGCCGCCAUGUUGAUCUGCACCUGGCUCUCCUGCUUUGCUGGAAGAAACCCCAAGCCUGUCAUGUUGGUGGAGAGCAUCAUGAGGAACACCAAUUCCUAUGCCGUGGAGCUUGACCAAUGCCACAAACCCUGACCUGGGUGGAAGCUUGGAGAGGGUGGGGAGGAGGAGGGAAGAGAGCCCUGAAAAGGAAGUACUAAGAUUAGGCCAGUGCGACUGCCUGCCAGUAGUGUAGCCUAGUGUCUGUAUGCUUCUAAGCUCACCACUUAUUUCUACUUUCCCUUAAGCCAGUGGGUCAGUGGCUGUUGACAAAAUUCAUCAAGAACAAUGGUUCUCCCAGAUGUUUACUCAGCUGGUGGGUGCCCAUGAACCCACAAGUCCCCAAGUGCUCCAUUAUGCAAAAUAAGCUCCUCAUUUGAAAGGUGAUUGCAUGAUCAAGUAAGCUACAGAGCUUCACAGGUCCUGUCUACCACUCACUCCAAAGCUCAAAGGCCUGGUAAGAAAACGUGCGUACAGAGAGGAUGCAGGAGGUGGGCAGAGCUGGCUCCUACCCCUCCAUUCAUUCAUACAGCCCUCCCCUGGGUACUUACUGCCACGGCCAAACCCCCAUGGAGUGCCACUGCACCAGUUUUUGUGACUUUCUCAGAAUAAUGCCAUUCCUGUUCCUUUUUCCCCCUGCUUCCUUCCUGUCCAGUUGUGGGGAAGCUUGUGGUGAGGGUGACUCCCAGUGUGGGGAACACUAAUCAAGGGUGCCUGCAUGUCAUCCAAGACCCCUCCCUCAUUAUGCCUUAGAACACAUAUACACGUUCAUUUUGCAUUCUGCCUGGGUGACUGGUGUCAAAAUAUAGUGGCAGGUAGUCACUAGUCCCUUAUAGAGACGGAAAUGGUGUUCAUCAAAUGUUCUGAGCAGAGAUGGGCAUUUGUUGUGCAUUCAAUAAACACAGAUCCGCAAUGAGGACGACACGGA